CAGGCCUCCGACGUUGCCGGAGGUAGUCGCAGAGCCCGGUUACGCUCGUCGACUCCGCUCGUCUCUUGCGACUACCGGCACGUGGCGGAGCGGUGUCUCGCCGUCUUCGAAGAUCCUCCGUUUUCCCCGGCGGUCGUUCCGAGUUGCAGCGGAAGUUUCGCGGGAUUGAUUGAUUGAUUGAUCGAUCGAUCUGUCCGCCGGUCGGUCGGCUCGCCGCGUGCUGGGCGGCAGGGAAGUAGACGAAGAAGAAGUCAAGCCGAGACUGACGCGCUGUUUUUCGAGCUUGAGCCGACGCCGCCAGUAUCGCGCUGUGUGUCGUCUGCUACCCGCCAGCAGACGACGUCGGGAUUCCCGAAACGCGCGAAAAAUCGCGUAGCCCCAGGACUGCGCGACAGUCGACGGGAUUACCCCCGAGCGCGUUGUCACGCGGAUUUGGUGCGCGUGAAAGACGGACAAAACCCGCUCUCUCGUGGUGCGUGUGUGUGUGUUCGGUGCGUCGAACAGGUGGUGGGGCCGGCCGUGUGCGGCGGUGGUUGUUUCAUGCCUCGCGCUGUCGUUCUACUGUGCCAGUGACUUUGACACUUCUCUGAAGCGAGGGAUGGCUUCUUCGACGCGAGCCACGAUGCUGCAGGUGGCCAUUCUGCAGCUUAUCCUCUUCGUCUUCCGCGAAGCCUCCGCGGUAUGCUACUUCCCCGUCGAGCUUCACGGCACGUUCCUGAUGCAGACGCAAGCAACGCAGGCGUACGGUGGUUCGGUGGUCUCCUACUCGGAGAUCACCGUCGAGGUGGACGCCAUACCCCCCUGGGGGCGCUGCCAUCGGCGUCGGGGACACCACGUGAUCCUCAAGGACAGCACGGGCGCCGAAGACUGCAUGCGGUGCUUCCACCUGACCCUCAAGACCCCAAACGUGAUCCAGAUCCACGCGGAAGGUCUCGCCCGGUGCUACACGAACGAGGAGGCAGCCCGAGCUACCUGUCCCGAUGACCGGGCCGUCUCGGAGAGGCGGUUCACCGAAAUCAUCCUCUACAGGAAGCACCAGGAGGAGCAGCUGAAGGCCAACGGCCUGCUGGGCGAGCCGCCGUCGCCCUCGAUGGCCGGUUCCUCGUUGCACCAGAUGUUCUGCCCCAUCAACGGCCGCUACCGCUUCCAGUACAGCGCCAACGGCGAGGAGUUCCGCUGCGCCGAACCCUUCUCGUCCGAGCUGAGCAACUGUCCCCGGGGAGACGGACUCACCGUGCGCUUCCGACAGUGCUCGUUCCCCGACUUCGACGUGAGCUUCCUGUGUUUGGGCGACUGGGAGAGCGGCCGAGGAGGUGACCGCUACCUCGCCCUCAUGGACCUCCGGAAGGACCCGGAGUCCCGGCCCCGAUACCGCUGCGGGUUAUACCGCGAGGAGCCUGGUACCGGCCGCGUCUACGUGGCCCUGUCUUCUGACUCGACCUGCACCACUCAGCUGACGUCUGCCACCAGCGGCUACGAGUCACUCGUGCUCACGCCAGUGCCCGAGCGCAGCCUUCCCGCGGAGGUGGAGUCGGCCACGUGCCGCUUUCCCGAGUGGAGCCAGGGCCAGUGGGAGCGGGUGCGCGUCGAGGCCGGAACCCUGGUGUUCCGCGACACCGACCGCUUCGUCACGCUCACCGCGCGUUGCGUCACCCGCCAGAACAGCACGCCCAACGACCGGCUGCUCGUCUACGGUGUCACCCAGUGCGGUGAGGAGCUCUACUACUGCCUCUGGUUGCGGCGCCGGUCUACCAACGUCAUGGAAUUCCAGCUGGGCUCAAAUCCCAGUGCCCACCCUUCGGACUCGCUCUGCAGUGAUGAACAGUUCACGACCACGACGUGGGUCACGCAAGGAAGGAGCCAGUCGUCGUUGGCCGCGUGCCCCAUCACUGGUGACUACACGGGUGUCAUUCCGGGCACCACGGGUCUGUGUGCACGCGUCGCCUCGGACUGCAACAACCCCGACAUUAUGUUCUACUCCGUCAGCAGCUGCGAAAACAAGACGCACGUCUACGAAGAACGCGAGUACCGCUGCCUUGGAAGCUGGGAGGAAGAGGGAGUCACCUACACCUACACGCAGAGGAGGGACAUUCCAGGAUACCAGUGCUUCUCCGGGAAGAUUAUACGGAGUGGAGACGAAGCCUACAUCAAGGAGGCAGGCGAGAGCUGUAUACGGGGUGAAGAUCCUGUUCUUUACGGAAUGAAGAUAGCCAAGCAAGCUUCGUGCAACACUGUGCUGCCACCUCGUCCUCCUCCUGUUCGCGCGCCAUCACUACCUCCACGGAAGAUUGGGGGCCGCCCUCUGGUGCCUCCACUGCACCCCAACACCCAUGACCCGUACUGGUAUCGGGCCGAGACCCAGCAACCAAGCACAAAGACCUGGAAGGCUGUCACUGGUCGUCCAAGGUUGAACGAAAUCCCAGGCAGCAGUGUUGGCAUCGCUGGAGGAAGUCGUGUCGCGAUGACCGUGUCCUGGAUGACGGUCCUUGUGUUCCUGGCCCUGUCAGCAGGUGCCCGGUGAACCCCACUUUUCUGGUCCAAUGUUUGCACAGUCAACCCGGUGUGCUCCACCGCCCCCUCCCGAGAGAUGGUGUAGUACAGUGUGCUAGUUCCAACCUGUGAUAACGACCAAACCUUCUGCCCCACGACGACGCUGCAAGAGACUCAAUCUUCAAUCGAUGCAGGCGAAGGGCAACAUUGGCCAAUUAACUGGAAAUCUAAAGGCAUUGUCGGACUGAUGUGCAGUGAGUGCGGCGAUUUCAACCAUGUACAGCAUGCGGACAAACGACUGUGCAAGAGUUCCUCAUCGAGUGAAACAAAGCGUUUCGUGAAUGCAUCUGACCGUGCGGUGCCUAUUCCUGCCUCGGUGGUUGCAAACAGCGGCAAGAAAACAGACGUUCAAGCUCCUGUUUUCACCCCUCUGGUGCUCACAAGUCGCCUGAAAAUCAAAGUACACAAGAAGUUGCAGCUGCACUGCAAAGUGCUCUUUGCAAGUGAUGCAACACUGCAGUGCCUGUGAAGUGCGCAAUCCUACAAACUGAGGGCUUCAAACCAACCUACAGUGAAAGAGCCCAGCAAUGUGGCAUUCAUGUGUGCAAUGCUAAGGAGGAUGCUGCAACGAACAUUAGCCUGAACCAAGGAAAGUGUUUUCUCCUGUGCACUAAAAAUUGUUUUAUGCUAUUGCUUUUCCCAAGACUAAGAAAAAGAAAGGAGGUGGACUUUGCUGAGCUGGGAAUGUGCUUACGAACUUAAGUGAGCUGGACUCACUUUCUUGUAGUCUUUCUUCUGUUUGUUCCCAUUGUCACCGUUAGUUCUACAGCACCAUUGCAAGCGUUAAAGAAUGUGAUGUGUUCGAAAGUGCCUUCAACGGCGUAGUCAUGUUGACUGUGUGAAUGUAUAACCUGUGACCUCAUGCAAUUUUUAGAGACUUCAAUCUCUGCACAUUGAAGCAUUUUGGAACUAUCAAAGAAAAAAAAAAAGUCCUUUGUUUCUGAGUGGAGUGUGAAAUCUGACUUCCCUGAUUCUGUGAGUGAAAGAAAAAAAAAAAAAAAAAAGCUGUGUUUUGCCAGCGUUCAUGUUUCUGGCAUCUUGUUGCUUACAGCUUGUUGUGGCAGCUCAAUUGUUAUGGUGCUGUGCAGCCAAGAGUGAUGGUAGAGGGCUCAAUUCCCGGUCACGGUGGCCGCAUCAUGGUGGGGGCGAAAUGCAAAGAGCACACAUGUAGGGAACUUUGCAUGCAUGUUAAAGAAGUUCAGAUCACUAAAAUGAACCCAAAGCCCUCCACUAUAGCAUCUUUAAUUGCCCCUGCAUUGCUAUGAAAUGUUAAGCCUAAUGAGUCAACAAGCCACUUGAUCUUGUUGCCUACAAAGCAGCUAGAAACGUAAGUUUUGAUACCAAAGACCAGCUAGGUAUACUGGUACCAACUGCAAAUAUGGCCACUUGCCAUUCUUGCCACUCUGACAGCUUGCCAGAGGUGGCUUCUUUACAAAAGCAUCACCACAGAAGUUGGCUGUGUCUUGUACCAAAGUCGUGACAUCAGCAUGAAACAGUGUUCAUGCGUGGACAAUCUAAAGUGCAAUUUUAAUCACACUUGUUAGCGCGAAGUCUGCACGGGGCCUUGGAAGCCCAUAGUUAGCUUACAGUUGCUGAAGCAACGCUAUUGCUGCAAGCAUACUUUACGGUUUCUCUGUGCGUGUGUCAUCAUACAAUACUUGUACAUUAUUUGUGUAGAUAUGUAUGUUUACCAAAUCAACAGCUGUGUACAUAAACAAGCUAUUUAUGGGCUUGAUUCUUAACUGUACGUCAGUCCACAAGCAAGGCAGGGAAUGCUUUAAAUGCUAUGCACCUACAUUUCUUUGCCAUACAGUUGUGUAUCUAAACAAGGGACAUAGCCUGUGUAAUAUAAAUGCUUUCCUAAAACUGCAGGGCCAAGCAUCAUGCUAACAGCCCCCAUGGCUGUGCCUGUGGCUAGAGUAAGCACCAACAGCCAAACCAUGAUAUGCAACAUGGGUAUAAUGAAUUAUCAAAUAUUAUAAAGUAAAUCUAAAUUGCUUAUCGCCAAUGUCAGCAUGUAAUGAACACACGCUUAUAACGAAUAUUGGAUAUAACGAAGGUAUUUUUGUGUCGGAUGCACCCUUGUUAUAAUGGGGCUCAACUGUACACUGUCAUAAAAUAUUACCUUGCAUCUACUAUAACUAUAAACUUCUGAAAUUAUUUGGUCUUCCAGUCAAGAAUAUAUUUCACGCACUUUCAAGCCAUACGUAAAGGCCCCCGAGUAUAACCAGCAAUAGAAUAUGCAUACCAAAUCUUGAACCUCACUGGCAUCUCACAUACUAAGUACAUGGAAUACAAAAGCUUGAAAACUGCAAUGGUAGAAUUGCAAAAAUAGGCCUUUUGCAUAACUUGCUUCAACGAUUCCUGAUUGGGCUAAACCUUUCAUACCGUGUAUGAUAUUACAAAUGCAGCCUUUUUUUGUGUACAAUCAUUUUUAGUAACAAUGACACAAACUGGAGGGACUCAAAUGUACAAAGCUCUGGAGUGCUGGUAAAUAUUAAACUAAGCUCAGUUUUAUAGAAACAGCACACAGUGCAGUCCACUGUUAAAGGGAACACAUCAGUUUAGAGAUGGUGCAAAUUUUCCCUUUCUGGCACAUGUACAAUUGUUUGGCUUUGCAACAGAUUACGUGUGGUUUAUUGCACCCGCACCUUUCUAUAGAUCUGUGCAGUGCAUUGAUAUAUAGCUUGAGCCAGCACUUGUAGCUACAGCAGCAAAGUGAGAGCUGCACAUUACAGUGUUCCCUUCAACAGUGGACCCCAUUUUACAUACACAUAUAUUAAAUGAUACACAACUGCCUCGUUAUCAAUGCUGCCAUUAUGACUGUAUGCCACUGAUGCGUUCCAUGCUUGAACUGUGCAUAUUUAUUUGUGUGAAAGAAUGCACUCAUGUUGUGUCGACUUGAUAUGCUGCAAUUUUCGUGUGUAUAUUUGUUCUAUUUUGGAAUAAUACAUGGAGGUGAACUCCUCAAACUGAAACCUGAC